GGAUGACCAGAAUGUAAGGAUUGUCAUUUGACCUUGAUAGUUGACCUUACACAAAAUAAAUGCACUCCUGAUUAUCAACCUACACAAACCGAGGCACGGAGUUCCCGGGGUAUCUGUUCGGAAUACAUCGUUGUUGAGCUCCGGGCGGCCAUUUUUCUCGCUAAUAAAUGCAUUUACGUAUAGGUAGCAAACAAUUUCGAUGGUAUCCAACAUCGCGAAAUUUCAACUUCUAAUUCGAGCUAAAGCAGACGCUGAAAGAAAACCCUUGUCGUUUUAUGUAUUUAACACUACUUAUCCUAGCGAACCAUUCAUUUAGACCCUAGCUUUAGGUAGCAAAGGUUGCCCCGCUGACGUCUUUAACCCUGUCUAAAAUCCAACUUAAAAUACCUAGGUAUCUAGCUCAAGCUCUACGCAGCACAGCUGAAAAGUUUCCGACUCCGUCUCCUACCUACAUCCUAUCUCCCUCUUUAUCUUCCUUAUAGAGUCAACACAACAUAAUACAUCCCUGUCCUUCACCCUCGACAUAACAUACACAUCCUAAUAGACUUUACAUCUUAAUUAUGGCCCUUGCAACUCAAUUCGAGGGCGUACUCCCUCUUUACAUGGUACAAAAACCACCGUUUAUGGUCGAAGCUCCAGGCGCUGAAGAAGUCGAAGGUGAAACAAAACCAUUCAGACAUAUCAAGGCCAAAGACGAACUUGUUACCCGCCCAGCACCUCACAUCACCACAACAUGGGAUAUUGUAGUCGAUAGCGCGAAUAAGUUCGGCGACAAACAUGCUAUAGGUUCAAGAAAACUCAUCAAAACCCACACCGAGACGAAAAAGGUACCAAAAGUUGUUGAUGGAGUCAAGAAGGAAGUCGAAAAGCAAUGGACAUAUUUCGAGUUAUCACCCUACUCAUUCCUCACUUAUAACGAGUACAAAACUAGGGCUCUAAAUGCAGGUGCCGGAUUGAGGAAGUUAGGUCUAGAAUCGAGUGAUGUUAUGUACAUAUUCGCUACGACGAGUGCGAAUUGGUUGAAUAUGGCACAUGGCUGUGCCUCGCAAUCCAUCACAAUCGCAACCGCAUACGAUACCCUCGGUUCAGACGCCGUCGAAUACUCCCUAACACAGACGAACGCGAAAGCCAUCUACACCGAUCCUCACCUAUUAAAAACCACAAGCCGCCCAUUAAAAACCGCGAAAGACGUCAGAAUUCUAGUCUACAAUGACUCGUCGAACAUCCCCAUAUCCGACAAAGAAUUGGAAGAUUUCAAAUCCGCGAAUUCCCACCUUACCAUUAUCUCCUAUUCUGAUCUCGUCUCCUUGGGCGAGGAAAAUCCCAUAGAUGCAGUGCCGCCGAAACCCACUGACAUGUGCUGUAUUAUGUACACAUCAGGUUCUUCGGGAACGCCAAAGGGUGUACCAAUCACUCACGAAGGCAUUGUCGCGGGUAUUACUGGUCUUUACAGCGUUGUCGAGGAGGCUGUUUCGCCUAUAGACUCCGUCCUAGCAUACCUUCCUCUCGCACACAUCUUGGAGAUGGCACUAGAACAUAUCGUCUUUUUUAUUGGUGGCACAUUAGGUUACGGGUCUCCUCGCACACUAGCUGAUUCGUCAACACGAAAUUGCGCUGGUGAUAUGCGUGAGCUUGCACCCACUAUCAUGGUUGGUGUACCUCAAAUUUGGGAGACAAUACGAAAAGGUGUAGAAGCGAAGGUCAACUCUGGCGGUAUGCUAACCAGGAAUCUCUUCUGGGGUGCCUACAACCUGAAAUCCAUGCUUGUGGCCACCGGUCUACCUGGCGGUGGACUACUAGAUGCUUUGGUAUUCAACAAGGUUCGCAGUUCGACGGGUGGAAGAGUGAGAUUCCUUUUCAACGGAGCUAGUGGCAUUUCAGACGGCACAAGACAAUUCGUGAGUCUUGUGCUCGCACCAAUGAUCACAGGCUACGGUCUAACCGAAACCUGCGCCAACGGCGCUCUCGGCUGCCCCUUACAAUGGACACCCAACACCAUCGGACCAGUCCCCGCCUCCCUAGAAGUCAAACUCGCCAGUCUACCGGACCUAGGCUACGACGCAAAGAGUAACCCACCACAAGGCGAGAUUCUACUCCGCGGACCGCCUGUCUGCAAGGAGUACUACAAAAACCCGGAAGAAACCGAAAAGGCGUUUACGUCAGACGGGUGGUUCCGAACCGGAGAUAUCGGCGAGAUCGAUUCUAUCGGACAUAUCAAGAUCGUGGACCGCGUCAAGAACCUCGUUAAAAUGCAGGGCGGCGAGUAUAUCGCGCUUGAGAAACUAGAAGCUGUGUACCGCGGAAGCGAAUAUGUACAUAAUCUCAUGGUGCACGGUGACAGCGACCAUGCUCGCGCUAUUGCGGUUGUGAGUCCCAAUGAGAAGCCCCUCGCUGAGUUGGCGAAGAAGUUGGGUGUGGAUCACGCGCACGAGCAUUCUGAUCCGAAGAUCUUGGAUGCUGUGCAUAAGGACCUAAUAGCUGUUGGCAAGAAGGCUGGACUUACGGGUUUGGAGAUGGUGGUUGGUGUUGUGCUGGUGGAGGAGGAGUGGACGCCUGCUAGUGGUCUUGUCACAGCAACACAAAAAGUAAACCGACGGGCGAUAAGAGACGCAUACAAGAAGCAGAUCCAGGAGUGUUUCAAGCGGACGUCGUAAUAUGCUAAACUACAGACUUCCUUGCGAAUAGGUUCCUCGGUUUUCAAAGGGUUUCAAGGGAUCCAGGCCUCUGUAUCAUUACUUACUCUCUGUACCAGUAUGCUAUUACCUAGGUAUUCUUAUAUGUUAUUAAUCCCAUGGCAUGCAAGACUUGUGUUAUAUCGGAUAUGGUUUCAAGGCAGAUAAAGGGUAUAAUAAGAUCGGGCUUGUUUAGACUCAUCUCACAUGUGGCAUUAUGAAUAGGUCAAGAAUAUCUGUUUACUCGGAUCGUGAAUAGAAAAUGUUUACAUAAUUUGCGUAUUUCUGAGCUUAUUUCUGAGCUUUUAGAUCUCGAAGUAUUUCCAUCAUAUUUCACAUCAUAUUUUAAGUCAGCAC